AUGCGUGUCGACACGGGACGAGGCGAAGGCGUCGACCGAGACCUCGCUCGCGCCUCGACGGGGGGCACGGAAGACGAAGCGCGCGAGCGGCGAGGCGAGCGGGACGGAGGCGAGACGAGCGGGACGGAGGCGAGACGAGCGGGACGGAGGCGAGACGGCGGCGCGGGGGGAGGUUUCCGCGCAGUCGGGUCGACGGAUCAAGCGACAGACAAAGGGGCCUCGGUCGACGAAGCCGAGACUGCACCGAGCGACGCGCGGGACACGGACGCCGGCCGAGGAACGCUGCGGCGGGCGACGAGCUUGGCGACGGAAGACGACGCAGCCGAGGGUGGUGCCGGCUCGGCGGUGCGAGUGAACCGGCUCGGGCUCGACGAAGACGACGAGUGCGGCAGAAACGACGACGAGGCGGCAGAGAGCGAGAAUUCAUGCCACCCACCCAUCGGCGUCGGCUCGCGAGUGGACGAGGGCGAGCUCGGACGAGCAGCUCCACCGAGAGCGUACGGGGCCAAGUACCGGUACAGGGCGCCCAGACGGGGCAGUGAGCAGCCCAUCAGGCGGCGAGGCCAAUUGCCAUGCGGCCGAGGUGACCACGGUCGGUUUGACGAGGUGAGGAUGUUUUGGAGCCGUCGCAAAGUUGGCCACCUGUUCCAGGACGACGCCGGUGGAGAGGAGGGCCCGUCCGAGGUGGGGCUACGGCGGCGCGGGGCUCCUAGCGGCGAGCGGAGGGCCGUUCUGGGGGGUGUGGAGGUGGAGGUGGUGGGGGGGGGAGGGGGCUACGGCGCCGCGGCGGACCCCGGGCCCAGCGGGCGGCCGUGCAGGGGGGGGGCGUCGAUUGUGGAGACCGUGGCCUCGCUCCCGCACGCCCGCGCCGCACCAGCCACAGGCGAAGGCGAGGCCUCGACCAAGAUGCCGGUACGUCGUGCCGGCACCGACGCGAACAGGUACCGGGGACCUUUGACGCCCGGCGCGGUACGGGCAGGCAAGUACUCGCGCGACGGACGCUACAUGGGCUCGCACGCUGACUCGGCAUGGCCGUCACCGCUCGGCGCAGGCACUUGUCGCACAGGUACAAGCCCCGGCACCAGCACAGGCACUCGGCACGCCUGUGGCGCGGGUGCAUUGGCGCUCGAGCAGCACAGGCGUGACGUCGGCGUCACGAGCGAUGCCCAUGGCGCGUACCGUCGGCACGAGCACACAGAGCGCCGAACGUGUCGGGUCGGCACCUGGACGUGCACUGCUCGCGCGAGCACUGUGCCGCAGGUCAGCACCACGAGCCCGGGGAUCGGGCCGCAGAGGCGCCAGGUACUCGCAGGCCCGGCGCUGCGACUUCGCAAUAUAGCACACUGCAGGUUUUCACCACAGCACACUGCAGGCUCACACCACAGCACGCUUGUAGGCUCCCACCACAGCACACUCGCAGGCUCUCACCACAGCACACACUCGCAGGCUUUCACCACAGCACGCUCUCACCACAGCACGCUCUCACCACAGCACAUUGCAGGCUCCCACCACUGCACAGUCACAGGAUCCCACCACGGCACACGCGCGCACGCUGCCACUGCAGCACUCUCGCAGGCUCCCACCACAGCACAGUCCACCCUCGCUCCCACCACAACACUCUCGCACGCUCCCACCACUGCACUCUCGCACGGCUCCCACCACGGCAAACUCGCACGCUCCCACCACUGCACUCUUGCACGCUCCCACCACAGCACUCUCGCACGCUCCCACCACAGCAUCCCUUGCACGCCGCGGCGAGCAGGUGCUGGCUUCGAGCUACCGAGGCGAGGUGGCGAGGCGAGGCUGUCGGCAUUAAGCAAUUCCGCUCCGAUCCGUGGCCGGCAGCGUCGACGAUGCAUCGGCAGGAGCGACGAGCCGCCCAAGUCUGCGGCGUGUCGAGCACCUGCCCGUCGACGCUCCGUGCAGGCACUGUGCGCAGGUGCCGUGCCGUGGUGCGCCGGCGUACGGUGCGUGGGCAUAUGCGCACUGAGCAUACGUACUGCACCGUGCGGCCCCGACGAGGGUGACGCGUCUUCAGUUGCUCUGCCUGCACCGACGCAAUACGCAGAGCUUCUCGGCACCAGGAGAAAGCAACAUGCCCAAGCAUCACCCACAAACAUCGCCGACGCCCACCGUCACCGCGACGCAUCGUUUGCGCCCUUUGACAUGCCUGCGACGAGGGUCCGUUCCGUGCCGGCAAGGUUGUCCAUGCGUGCGUCGACGACGAUGGGCUCGGCAAGCAGGCUCGGCAUCCCUCCAUCGACCGUCUGCUGGUGCUGCCUCGGGCCUGCAUCGAGUGUCCGCACGGCGCAGGGGCCGCGGGAGAGACACGUACGCCUCUUGCUCGUGCGUGCCGACACGCUGCACCUUCGUCGUGCCACCCGCCGCCUCGGACGCCUCCCAUCCUCGCGACCCAGGAGCUUCGUUUCAUGGCCACAUCGAUCCGCAUCGGAGUCGGGCUCCGCGACGGGCAGCAAGCGGCGCCGGACAAUCUGGCGGUCACACGCACGACGCCGUACGACGAGCACGGGCGACGGUCAACGUGGCACCGCUUCCUGCCUAUCGGCCGCUUCCUCCCUCUCGGCUGCUUCGAUCCUCGUCAUCUCCGAGUUCCGCACAAGCCUGUCUCGCCUGCAUGCCUACGCACGCUCGCAAAGGAACGAGCUUCUUGGCGGGCUCUCGACGAGGCUUCCUGUGGCUGCUUGCCCGUCCGUCGUGGCCGCCGCUGUUGCGUGGUCCGUCCCUGGUCAUGCCGGUGCCGGCGACGUCGUCGUUGCCGCUCUUUGUCGGCACGUGUCCACCCGAUGCCGCUACUGUCCGCCACUUCCGUCGAGGCAAGGGUUGCUCGUCGUCGACGCCGCUUCCCUCUUGGCCCUGGGCGGCGUGCCUCGUUUCACACCUCCCGGGCCUACCCUGCUCGGCCCAUCAGCCGACGUCCGGUUUCGAAUGGUGCCAAGAACCAGGUCGUUUGACCAAGUCGCCGGGAAGGCUCUCGAACCAUGCUUGCCGAAUCCCACGCCGAGCACCCUCGGCACGAGCACGUCGUGGCGUGACUUUUUGUCAAGCGACUGGCACGCUCCAUGCGUGCUCGCCAGCGCCGGUGCUUAUCGUGACGCCAGUGGAGGGACGAACCGUCGCCGAGGUCGAGUCGCUCGGCCGUGUCGACGGCUCCGUCCCGCGCGACUCACGUGCGUGCAUCAUGGCAGACGACGGCUUUCUCAUGCGUCCAUGUUGCCUACGACGGAAACGCCUCCGACGCCCGAAUCCACACCUCAUGCCUCACCGCCGCUACGUGUCGCCGACCCAUCCGCCGUCGACGACGUAGCUCCCCCCCGUGAUGGCGCUCGCGUCGUCGGAGGCGAGGAACAGCAUGAGCCGGGCCACCUCGGCCGUCACGAGACGCCUCUUGAGGCACUGGGCCGCCAUCGUCUCGGCCUCGUACUCGGCCGUCAGCACCGUCUCCACCUGCCUCUUGGUCGCGAUGGAGCCGGGCAUGAUGCUGUUGACGCGGAUCCCCGACGCGCCAAACUCGCGCGCGUGCGUCCGCGUGAGGCCCAUGACGGCCGCCUUGACCGUCGUGUAGACGGGAAUCUCGGUCGCCGGGAUCCGCCAGCUGAUGGAUCCCAUGUUGAUGAUGCUGCCGCGGCCUCGCCUCUGCAUCGAGGGGACGACGGCCUGCGUCAGGAAGAACUGGUGCCGCAGGUUGACGUCGACGUCGCGCGCAAAGGACGCCGCCGUCACGCCCGACGUGGGCACGCGCGAUUCGGGCCCCGCCGAGCCGGCGUUGUUGAUGAGCACGUCGACCUGGCCGAACCUCUCAAGCGUCUCGGCCGCGCGCGCCUUGAGCUGCUCCAGGUCGGCGACGUCGCAGCGGAGAAAGGUCGGCUGCGCGGCGCCCGGCAUGCCUCGGAUCCUGUUGCAGAGCGCCUCGGCCGACGCCUCGGCGAUGUCGAGGAAGACGACGUGCGAGCCCUGUCUCGAAAAGAGCUCGACGGCCGAGGCGCCGAUGCCUUCGGCCCCGCCCGUGAUGAGCACCGUCUUUCCCGCGAGGCUCGGGUAGGUGGCGAACUGUCCGACGUCGUCGGCCAUGACAGCGGGUUGCCGAGGACAGAGUUUCGUUCCCUAGGCCGCAAGGGUUUUCUGGAGUUUUGCGCCGUCGAUGCUGCGAGGUUGCGUCGUCAGGCGGCCGAGGUACACUUGGAGCUCCAUGGCCGCACGGCUGAAGCGGCACAGCCUUGGCUCCAAGCUUCCAACCUCGCAUCAUCACGACGCGGCAUUUUCCACGUCAUCAGCAGCGACCGACGGACACUCGCGUGGGCUCCGUGCCUCGACAGAGCAAGCAUCACAGACGCCGCAGCUGCUCUUUCAACCCCGCCAUUCGCCGGCCAUCCGCGUCUCUCCGGUCACCCACGUCCCACGUCGGUCGUCCAUCUCCUCCGACCGCCAUUCCACCUCGAUUCCACCUCGACACCUCCCCUUCGAUUCGAGCCGAAGGAAGCAGGGACGGCCAUGGCAUCGAACGCGGAAAAGUCGCCGGAAAGCUACCGGCAGCUGGGCCAGCAGGGAACCUCGCCACCGCCGCCUCCUCCCUCGUACGGCUCGGAGCAAGCCCGGUAUCCCGGACAGUGGCGAUACCAUGCACCACAGCAACGGCCUCUGACGACGGGCGAGCAACCGGUGCCCGCAACGAGCGAGAGCACGCCGCCCCCGCCAGCGGAGCAGAAGCAGCAACAGCAGCCGCCAGCGGAGCAUCAGCAUCAGCAGCCGCCAGCUGAGCAUCAGCAUCAGCCGCCAUCGGAGCAGAAGCAGCAGCAGCCACCGGCGGAGCAAAAGCAGCAGCAGCCACCGGCGGAGCAAAAGCAGCAGCGACCAGCGGAGCAGACGCAGCAGCAGCAUCACCCAUUCCCUCCGCCGCCGCCGCCGCCUCCAGGCCAGGCGCAGCAGCAACAGCAGGGAUACGCGAUCCCCAAGUACGACCCCGCAGCGCCCACCUUUGCCCCUCCCCCGGUGGCCGGGCAUGGUGGCCAGCAGGCGGCGGCCCUCCCCGUCGAGACGGCGGCCCAGCAGCCGACGGCGGCGGCGGCGGCGGCAAAAAAAUCGGGCUGGGGCGAACGCUUCUCGAAGCUCGGGUUCAAGGCGGCGGCGCCUGUCAACAGCCUCGCCCACAAGCUCGGCAGCCAGAGCUUCCUCCCCGAGUCCAUGGACAAGGAAUGCGACAAGACGGCGGCCAUCCUCAAAGCCUUCUGCAAAAAGGGCGUCUACGCGGACCCGAGCGCCGGGAACCCGCCGACGUCGACGACGGCGGAGGCCAAGGAGUCGUCGGCCGGCGUCAUCGACCCGACGAGGGAGAAGCCCAAGAGCCGGGUGCUCGUGACGAUCCCGCUCAAGGUCGUCUCCAAGGCCGUCGGGCUCGCCAUCUUCACGACGCUGCGCGCCGGCUUCCACCUCUCGGGCUCGACGGGCUCGGGCGUGCUCGUCGCCCGCCUGCCCGACGGCUCCUGGAGCCCGCCCUCGGGCAUCCAGGUGCACUCGGUCGGCGGCGGCUUCCAGAUCGGCCUCGACAUUUACGACUGCGUCUGCGUCAUCAACAGCGAGGCGGCCCUCGCGGCCUUUACCAAGACGCGCGUCAGCCUGGGCACCGACCUCGCCGUCGUGGCCGGACCCUACGGCGCCGGUGCCGCCGUCGACGUCGGGACCGCCGUGGACGGCAGCAGGAAGGAGGGGAAAUGGUCGGCAAAGCAGCCGGACGUUGGGCCGUCGGGCGCCGCCACGACGGUGCCGCCGCCGCUGCCGCCUCGGACGCGGACGCUGGAGCCGGACGCGUCGAAGGGGAGCCCCGAUGGAGGCCAGCGCCGUAGCGUCGGCGGCGGCGGCUUGAAGCCCGUCUUUUCCUACGUCAAGUCGCGCGGCUUCUACGCCGGCGUCUGCGUCGACGGCACCGUCGUCGUCGAGCGCAAGGAGGCCAACGCCGCAUUUUUCGGCGCCGCCGUCACCGUCGAUGAGAUACUCAAAGGCCAGGUUCCGCGCCGAGCGGCCGCCGACGGGUGGCCGACGGGUGCCGGCACGUUGCUCGAGGUUCUCAAGGGCGCCGAGGCCGGCGUCGGCGGCGGCGGCGACCGUCCGACGGUGCCUGUGCCUGUCAGCGGCGGCGAUCCGGCGGUGCCUGUCGGCGGCGACGGGGAGGGCGCGGCCGUCGUCGAGUCGGGGCCGCCGCCGCCGUACGAGGAGGAUGGCAAGCACGCCGGCGCCGGAGACGUCAAGUAUGGAUGGUAG